UUCAACUCUAGCUGACGUGUUUCAACACACAAACACAAAAACACUUUACAAUCUAAUAAUUUCAUAAAUUAAGCGGGCAAUGUGCAUAGACGAAUAGCCAGCAGCAGCAGCAGAAACAAAGGCAACAUUGCACAUUGUAAGCAAUUUCGAAAUUACAAAAAAUAGCAGCAGGAGCAGCAGCAGCAAUAACAACAGGUCUAACGGUAGACGCUAAGGAGAGAGCAAUUGCGGCCACGGCAACAACAAUAAGUUAAGUGGGAAAGCUAGCCGUGGCCACAGUCCAACAGUUGCAACACACGCGUAUAAAAGAAGAAACCAAACCAUGGCGUUGCUAACGAUGAUUGCCCGUGUCAUUGAUGGCCUUCCACUGGUGGGCACAAUGCAGGAAGAUGAACAGAGCGGUCGCAGCAUCUUGGACUAUCAAAAUCAGGCGAAAAUGCUGUUUCGCAAGCUGGGCACCAACUCGCCGGCACGCAGCAGCAUUGAGACCGGACCAUAUCUAUUUCACUAUCUGAUUGAGAACGACGUUUGCUACUUGGUGAUGGUGGAUAAAAUGUAUUCGAAACGUUUGGCGUUUAACUAUCUGGAGGAUUUAGCGCAAGGCUUCCACACAACCUAUGGCAGACGCGUUAACUCAGUGACACGCCCCUACGCCUUUAUCGAAUUCGAUGUGUACAUACAGAAGGCGAAAAAGCAACUUACAGAUCGCAGACGCAACAUUAACAACAUCAACACACAGCUGCAGGACGUGCAACGCAUUAUGGUGCAAAAUAUAGACGAUGUGCUGCAACGUGGCACAGUCUUGGCGGAGCUGGAUACAAAGACACAGAAUCUAUCGAUGAUGUCGCAAAAGUAUAAAAAGGAUGCCAAAUUGUUGAAUCGCAAAUCGAUGUAUGUGAAAGCGGCGGCUGUGGGCACUAUAUUCCUUGUUUUUAUAGUUUACUUUUGGGUCCUGUAAUAUGCAUAUGUGUGUAUGAAUGUAUUUGUAUAUGUAUAUUGUACAUUAGUUGCUAGUAAUUGUAAUUAUACAAUAAUCAUUGGUCAAAUGUUGUUGCUGUGGUUGUUGUUAAUCGCGUCAUAGACGCAUUGCAGACAAAGCUACCAAAGGCCAAAAACAUAUAUUUUAUAUACAUAUAGUAAACAAAAAUGUAACAACGACAAGCAGGCGCUUGCUUAACUAUGACCCCCAGUUAUGGGUAUCCAUUUCCACACACACAUAUACACAUAUACAAACAAACAACAACAGCACACACAAUAGUUAGUAAAAAGACAAAUUUAUUACAAUCCAAAGUCCAUAACGUUGUGGUUUAUGUAUUUAUUCAACUAUAGUUGCAACUAUUCAAUAGAGAGCUGUCAAACUAUCGAUAGUGUUUCGGAUUACGCUGCUUGUCUUAUGAAGAUUUCCAUUAAAUAUGUUUUUUUUUUUUGGUAUAAUUUAUAUAGAUUUUUAAGCGAAAUAUUAUGUACCUUUAGUAGCUCGAAAUGAAAACUGAGAGCAGUUAAAAAUUAAAUAUUGUGCUGCAAAUUUCUAAUUACAAAUUAAAAUAUUUUUAUAAGCUUACCUGUUGUGAGUAGCUGCAGCAUUUUGUUGCAUGCUAUCGAUAAUAUCGAUAAUUUGACAGCGCUAUGUUGAUAUUGCUGCCUGACGAAAUCGAAAUGAAAUUGUAAACAAAAAUGAUAACAAAUUAAUGAAGAUAAUAAUAAUGAUGGCUAUGUAACUAAAUUGAAAA